CUUUUUAAUUCAUUUCACUUCUGUUCAAUUCACAUUUUUUUACUUAAUCCAUUCCAUUUUCCAAUUUACCCAUGCUCGGGACAGCUUUCAAUUCCUUCCGCAUUCUGCGCGGCCCGCCCACGACGACGUUCUUCCGGCUGCAGCACAUGGACGGGCUUUUCGGUGGUGUCACUGUCCAGCACGGCAAUAACAAGCCCAAGUCCCUACACAAGACACGGCGCAUCUGGCUGCCCAACAUCCACAAGGUCUCCCUGUUUUCAAACAUUCUUCAGGAAAAGUUCAAGAUCCGCGUCACCACCCGUAUUCUCCGCACUAUUGACAAAAAGGGGGGCCUUGAUAACUACCUGCUGCUCACCAAGGACAAGAACAUUGAUAGCCCUUAUGGCAUCGAAUUAAAGCAAAAACUCGUGUUGAAACAAGCACAGAACCAAAAAGUAACAGCCUAAACCAAAGAAAACAAUUACUUUAUAAAUAUAU